CAUCUUCUAGUUGUCAUUCCUGGGCCGAAGGAGCCAAGUCUGGAGGAGAUCAACCAUAUUCUGGCGCUCGCGACACGCGAACUCAAAGUUUUGUACACUGGGAUCUGCCUAGACGCAUAUGGAUACAGCGAUCCAGUGGAGGUACAUGCGGCUGUCGAGUGCCACUCCAGCGACGCACCUGCAGCAGCAAAGGUCAAGGGGUCUGCAGGUCACUCACACACUCUUUUGUGCUCCUUUUGCGAGGUUACGCAAGAUCAGCUGCAAACGGCCGAGGCAUACGUGUAUUCCAAAUUGCGCCUACGGGAUGAGUUCGAGAUGCUCAGGUACUCGUUUCUCUCCAAGGAUGCCUCAACAAAGAAGGCACGGAAACAAAUUCUGGACGAGUCUGGGAAACGUUUUUCAGCGAUGGACGAGCUGGUAGGAUGGUCCCCUGUGUCAUCCUCGGCUGUCGAUUUCAUGCACAACUUCUACGGUAUUGCAAAGUACAUGUUUUCUACCCUUCUGAUCGAUGGGUAUCUGCUCGACGCCAAGCGCUGGUGGAGUCUUCAGGCGGUUGUCAACUCCAUUCAGUGGCCAUCGUGCGUUGGUCGCCUUCCCAACAACCUCGGGGAAAAUCGUGGGCUUCCAAAGGCCGACCAGUGGCGUCGCUGGGUGAACAUCCAAACCACAGUGCUUUGGUGUGUUUGGCGCGACGAAAAUGACAAGCUUGCUGGCUCCGAGGCGUCUCCAAUCCCGCACAAUGCCUCAAAACGACCCACAUUCACACGAGACAUCUCCCGUAUUUAUAGAUUAUUUCUGUAUGCGUCCAUUGCUGAACGCAUUCUCGCCUCAAGACAGAUCACCCUCGACGACGUGAAACGUGGUCACGGCUUCAUCCAAGAUCUCUGCCGUGAUCUCGUCCGGCUGAAUGUACACAUGGUGCCCAACUGCCACUAUGCGUUGCACUACCCAGUGUUUUAUGAACGCUUCGGACCGGUGUACGCAUGGUGGCUCUUCGCACACGAACGCUUCAACGGGAUUCUUGCUGAUGUCAACCUGAAUGGUCGCCCUUGGGGUGAGAUGGAGCUCACGUUGAUGCGGAACUGGCAGUACAAGCUACGCUUGUAUGAGCUUGUUUUCACACUGCCGCCUGAUGCAACUGAGUACGAACGCGCAGAGCUGAAAAGUAUCUGCCGAGAGCAAGGCGCAGUUCGUGGCACGCUAGGGACACAGAUCGAGGCAUUUGCGCAUGGCGCAUCAACCAUCAACACACCGCGCCGAAGCUCCAAGACCUUCAUCAAUCUUCGGCAGCUUGAAGAUGGUCGCCUCUACCUGCCCCUUCUCUAUCAUCUCAGACGUGUUUUCCCCCACCUGACUAUUGGCGACGAGCAUGAUUUGCGACCUCACGACACAACCUUCCUUGCACACAAGGGCACUCAACGCUUUCCUUUCAUCUCAAAGGAUGCAAUUCGGUACGGAUCAACUGCGGACACUCGCACUGACUCAGAUCAGCACGCUUGCGUCGACUUUGAUGGUAUCAAGCGCAUUCCUUGUCGUAUCAGGUACCAUUUCGAGAUUGAGCUUGUCGGACAAGCCCCCGUGUUCUCAGAUCAUCUAGGUGUUUCUGUUGCAUAUGCCGAACAGUAUCACCCAGUCGAGAUCAUUCCAACGUCCUGGCUUGCUGCCGCAGUGGCGAUCGUACCAAUCACGGCCCAUACUGGGCCUGGAUUGCGCCGAAACCUCUGGGUUGUUCACUCGUUCGAUCGCGUGAGUUUACCUUAUACCCCACAUACACCGGCUUAA